GGUGGGCUCUCUGCCUUUUUCCAUAGCCCUGAUAAGGUGAUAUUGAUAUUAAUAUUGAAAAUUAUUGAAAUAGUUGAAACUUUUGUUGCAGGGUUUCGAGUCUUUUUCUUCUGCUAAACCAAAAUUAAGGAAUCAAGAACUGGAGAAAAUGUGGUAUAGAGUGGCGAAGGCAUCUGAAUUCCUGGUCAUCACAGGGGCUGGCAUCGAGGAAAUAAAGCUUGCAAAGAAGGCAUUUAUUGUAUGGCCAUUUCAGAAAUGCACAGUUUUCGACAUAACACCCGUUAACUAUACCUUCGAAGUGAACGCCAUGAGCACCGAGAAGCUAGCCUUCCUCCUCCCUGCUGUUUUCACCAUUGGCCCUUGCGCGGAUAACAUGGAAAGCCUCUUAAAAUAUGCCAGACUACUCUCUCACCAUGACCGAUACUCCAACCAUGUCAAAGAACUCGUUCAAGGUGUGAUUGAGGGGGAAAUGCGCGUUCUCGCUGCUUCCAUGACCAUGGAAGACAUUUUUGAAGACAAUAAGAAAUUCAAGCAAGAGGUGUUUGACAAGGUUCAAUUUGAGCUCAACCAGUUUGGGCUUUUCAUCUAUAAUUCUAAUAUUAAGCAACUUGUUGAUGUUAGAGGGCACGAGUACUUUUCAUACUUGGGUCAAAAAACCCAAAUGGAAGCGGCAAACCAAGCGAAAAUCGAUGUUGCUGAAGCGAAGAUGAAAGGUGAGGUCGGAGCUAAGUUGAGACAAGGAUUGACAGUUCAGAAUGGGGCCAAGAUUGAUGCGGAGACAAAAAUAGUGGCCACGCAAAGGGAGGGCGAGGGGGUGAAGGAGAGUAUUAAGGUAAAUUCGGAGGUUAGGAUUUUUGAGAACGAGAGAGAUGCUGACGUGGCAGAGGCAAAUGCUGAGCUGGCAACCAAGAAGGCCAGGUGGGCACAAAAGGCGAAGAUGGCAGAGGUGGAGGCUGAGAAGGCUGUGGCAAUUCGAGAGGCUGAGUUGCAGAGGGAAGUUGAGAGGAGAAAUGCAUGGACUCGGAUUGAGAAGCUUAAGGCCGAAUUUCUCAGCAAGGCUAGUGUUGAUUAUGAAAUUGAGGUCCAAAAAGCUAAUUGGGAUCUAUACAAGAAGCAGAGAGCAGCAGAUGCAAUGCUAUAUAACAAAGAAAAGGACGCGGAGGGUGAAAGAUUAGCAGCAGAUGCUCAACUGUAUGUCCAAAAACAAGCAGCGGAUGGGCUGCUAUAUGCCAAAAAGAAAGAAGCUGAGGGACUUGUGGCUCUUGCAGAGGCACAAGGAGUUUAUAUUCGAACCUUAUUAGCGGCGCUAGGAGGAAACUACUAUGCAUUGAGAGAUUAUUUGAUGAUCAACGGUGGCAUUUUUGAAGAAAUGGCUAGGAUCAAUGCAGAGGCGAUCAAAGGGUUGCAACCGAAGAUUAGUGUCUGGACAAAUGGUACAGAAAUGGAUGGAGCAGGAUGUGGAAGUGUAGCCAUGAAAGAAAUCGCUUCAGUUUACCAAGCAUUGCCACCGUUAUUUCAGACUGUUCAUGAGCAAACCGCCAUGUUGGCUCCGUCAUGGAUGGGUAGUCUUCCCGAUUGUGCUUCCAAGUUGACACAGCAUGCACAGUAGUGGACUUGAUUAGAGGUAGUUCAACAAUUAGGCCACUUUGUUUGUCGCCUAUUGGAGAAUGCCGCAAUUUUUUAAAAACUCGAUAAGAUAAUGCCCAUUUUUAUAUUUAGUCUAAAA